AUGGACAGGGGGAGGGAAGCAGGUAAUUCUCUUGUGGCAACUGGGUCCCCAUGGCAACCUGGCCCCCACCCUGUGGUGUCUGUGAGGUCACCUGCUUCUCCCAGCUGGAGGAGGGGCAGGGGGCCAGACGUGGAGGCCGUCCCUCCCUCCAGAUCCAGCCUGAUGGGGAUUCUGCUGCUGGUGGUGAAGCUCUCAGUGUUGCUGGUACAGAACCGGGUCCACCUCUACAAUGUUCUGCUCCUUAAGAUCAUCCUCUUCAACCACUGGGUGUCAGGGCUGCUCCAGCAGGCCCAGGGGUCCUGCAGCCAGCAGGCCCACCCACUGCCUCAGCUCACAGCCUGCGCCGUAGGCUCAGUCCUACGGGCUGGGCUGGCACUGAUGGAGGUCCCUGUGUGGCUGGUUCUGAGGGUGCCCAGGUUAGUGUGGGCAGGCAUGCUGGGCUGUGCCCAGGCCCUGGGCCUGGACCCGAAGCAGCCAGGUGCCUGGGAGCAGCUGGGUCUAUCUGCGGCCACCUGGAUGGACCUACUUCUGUCGUGUCUGCACAGCCUGAUGCUGGCGGCCUUGCUGCUGCUGCUGCUCACCUGCAGGCUGCUGUGGAAGGCCCACCGCUGCAGCCUGGGCUGGCUGCCCAGCCAGGUUCUGUUGGAGAACCAGGUGGUGCUGGGGCUACUGGCCUUGAUGAAGCGUCUGUACUGGUGGGUGGAGAGCACGCUAGUGGUUACCUCCUGGCACCUGGCCUAUCUCGUCACUUGGACCACCUGCCUUGCUUCCCACCUGCUGCAGGCUGCCUUCGAGCACACAGCCCAGUUGGCCCAGGCCCAGGCCCAGGAGGCUGAGCCCCAGGAAGCUGAGUCUCUAUUCGAGUCCCCAUUCUUUGAGUCUCUGGUUCUCAAGGCUGGGCCAGUCCUGCCAGAGCUUGAAACCCUUGGAGAAUAAAUGUGUGUUCAUCUGCCUCUCCUGGUCCUCUCUGGUCUAGGGUCUCACUGGGCUGGAGGGAUGUGUGUGCACCUGUGUGUGUGAGCAUGUAUAUGUAUGCAUGUGUGUGCCUGCACGUGUGCUCUAGGGCUGCCUCUGGGAAGGAAAUCACAUUCUGUGAGCACCUCACACAUGCCAGACAACCACCUCAGACACUUCACACACGUAAUUUUGUUUAAAUCUCAUAGUAGCCCAGGCAUCAGGUUUGGUUAGCGCCAUUUUCCAGAUAAGAAAACUGAGCCUCAGAAGGUUGAACAAUUCCAAGGGCCCAGAGCAAAUUAGAGGAAAAGCCAGCACUGAACCCUGGAUUUUUUGUUUCCCAGAACCCCUAACUUUCUCCAGGUCCUGUCCCUGGUUCUCAGGAUUGCUAGUAUCUGGGGCUUUCGAGGAGACGGGUAGUUAGAGACUCUGGCCUUUGGGGGGUGCCAGGGCCUCACAUUUCAGAGAUUUAGAAAAUUCCUUUGAGAAGUAGUUACUCCUGAGUCAGUCUGUAGCUAAC